UGUUUGGGGCCACAGGGCAGUAGCUUUAGGUGCAUUCUCCCGACUCGAUGUCCUCCCAUGGAGAGUGUAUUACCAUCCACAUCGGUCAGGCGGGGUGCCAGAUCGGCCGGGACUGCUGGGAGCUGUUCUGCCACGAGCACUGCGUGAAGCAGGAUGGCACCCGGGACAAGAUGGAGGUGAGCGCCCUCGGGGCCGAGCAGGAGGACACCACCUACAGCUCCUUCUUCUCGGAGACCCACGCGGGCCAGCACGUGCCGCGCUCCAUCUUCGUGGACACGGACCCCUCCACCAGGGAUGAGAUCCUGGCCUCGGACUGGCGCAAGCUCUUCCACCCCGAGUCUAUCCUGGGGUACAAGCAGGACUGCAAGAACAUCUUCUUCGAGGGCCGCUUUAUGGCGGCACACUGCAAGAUCAAGGAGGACGUCAUGGACCGCGUGCGGCUGGCCGUGGACUUGUGCUCAAACCUCCAGGGCUUCUUCGUGCUGCACUCCUUCGGUGGGGGCACGGGGUCCGGAGUGGGCUGCGAGGUGCUGCACGACCUCCACGAGGCCUUCGACAAGAAGGUCAUCUUCCAGCCUGUGCUGUACCCGUCGCACCGCUUCUCCAGCAGCAUUGUGGAGCCGUACAAUUGCAUCUUCUCUACCUUCUACAUGAGAGACGUGGUUGAUGUUUCCUUGAUGCUGGACAACGAAGCCACCUACCGCGUGUGCGAGACCAACUUGAACAUCAAGAGCCCCCACUUCACUCACGUGAAUCGGCUCAUUGCCCAAACCAUCUCUGCUUGCACGACAUCUCUGAGAUUCGAGACUCAGCUGCAUGCCACGCUGGUGGAGAUCGUUACCAACCUGGUGCCCACGCAGCACUUCCGGUAUCCCAUGGUGUCGCUGGCGCCGGUGAGGGCCAAAGCCAAGGAAGACCACGAAUGCUUCUCCGAGCAGGAGAUCGUCACUGAGCUCUUCGAGUCCAAGAGCGUGCUCUGCGAUGUGACGCACCUCAAGCAGAACCGCUAUCUCGCCUCGGUGGUACUCCUGCGAGGGGUCGGCAGCCGACCGAAGACCGAGCGAGCGAGCGAAGGCUACACCGAGCAGCCUGUGGAGGCGAACCACGUGAUCACGGCGCUGCACACGCUGAAGGACGGCACCCACCGCUCGCCCCUGAAGUUCGCCCCCUGGGUGUCUUCGGGAUUCAAGGUGGGCCUGGUGGGUGUGGCUCCGACCAUCGUGCCCGCGGACACCCACAUGGCCAAAACAGGUCGCCAGGGAGCGAUGCUGGGGAACUCCACCGCUGUGCGGCAGCUCUUCGUGCGGCAGUACACCAAGUACCUCAAGCUCUUCUACCGGCGCGCCUACGUGUGGCAGUUCAUCGAGGCCAAUGGGGAGAUCGACCUCUUCUACGAAGCGAGGGAGGGCGUGCGGGACAUCAUUGGCCACUACGAGGAGCUGCUGCGGCAGUGCGCGCAGGCGGAGAACGAGCGCUACGAUGGGAACACCAUCGUCAAGGUAGAAGGCAUGACGAGCUUGGUGGGCGGAGCCGGCACCGGGCGGCCUUCCUGAGCGCUCCAUGUGUGCCAUGAUCAAAUCACGUGGUGUCCCCA